AUGCGUUGUUCACCACUUAUAACGCUUUUCGUUGUGAUGACGGCGAUUUCUAUGAGUUUUGUGAACUGCGAUGAUGGAAAUGGAGGAAGUGGUGAACCUUCUACUACUACACUACAAUCGGAAGUAAACGGUGCUCCUCCUCCUGAAGCGACGACAGAUGCACCUACACAACCAUCUAAUACCAAUGAAGGAAAUGGGGAGCCACCAUCUGAUCAACAACAACAACAAAACACAGAAGGAGAGAAUAAUAAUAAUAAUGGAGAAGGAGAUUUGGAAGAGCCGACUAUCGAAUCAGCUAUGAAUUUGGGUAUUGCUCAUAUUAUUGGAUUUACCGCUUUUUUGUUCGCCGUGCAAUUUUAG